AUGGAUCUAGCAGAAAAAUCCUUGACCCUGCGUAGGGUAAUGGAUACGGCGAAGCAAGUUACUAAAUCUGGAAGCUUGAAUGAGUUUUCAAUGGUCUUGCUUAAUAACACCCUUUCGUUACCCCUGGGCAUUGUGCUUGUUUUGGUCUUCAACGAGAUGGAAUAUCUCUCUAGAACACCACUUCUAAGAAUUCCCACUUUCUGGUUGGUGAUCACAAUGAGUGGGUUUUUGGGUCUAGCAAUCAGCUUCACUUCUAUGUGGUUUCUUCAUCAAACAGGAGCCACUACAUACAGCCUUGUUGGUUCACUUAACAAGAUUCCACUCUCAAUUGCUGGCAUCCUUCUUUUCAAUGUCCCUACCAGUUUGGAGAACUCUGUCAGCAUAUUCUUCGGUCUUCUAGCUGGAGUAUUUUUUGCUAGAGCAAAAAUGCAGGAGAGAUCUCAACCUUAA